UUGCCCUUUUUUGCCCUCCCCUCCCUCCAAGCCUUAACUCCUUCUUUUCAGGACACAUCAUCUCAGCCUGUGUGUGUUUCUGGAAGACCUGUUCUGUUUCUUCAGCAUCCCUGCUAAACUCGCUCUCUUCCCUGUCCUGGGUGAUGUGCGCCGAGUGGGGCGGAUUGCUUUCAUCCUGGUUAGAUCUGCGUAAGGAACUGGGUUAAUCUCUCUUCCCACCCACCCCGGCUCUUCGGACAGCCGGUUGCGGAUGUGCUCUGUGGCAAAGAUGCUGGAUCCUUUGGGCAAAGUCCUGCGCAGGAUGGGAGGCCCUCCCAUGAUUCUUGGAGCCUGGAGACCCUUUUCGUAUUCCUCCUGCUGCUUCUCCACCUUCUUGGAUAUGAAUAACUGGCUGCUCUUCUAUGGAUUACUGUACCUGGUGCUGUAUGCUCAAGUCUCCCAGUCUAAGCCUUGUGAAAGAACCUCCUGUUUCUCGGGUCGAUGUGUCAAUUCUACCUGCCUUUGUGACCAAGGCUGGGUAGGAGAUCAGUGCCAGCACUGCCAAGGCAGGUUCAAGUUAACUGAACCUUCUGGAUAUUUAACAGAUGGACCAAUAAAUUAUAAAUACAAAACUAAAUGUACAUGGUUAAUUGAAGGAUAUCCUAAUUCAGUUUUAAGAUUAAGAUUUAAUCACUUUGCCACGGAAUGUAGUUGGGACCAUAUGUAUGUUUACGAUGGAGAUUCAAUAUAUGCACCUUUAAUAGCUGUAUUUAGUGGUCUUAUAGUUCCUGAAGUACAUGGUAACGAAACUGUACCUGAAGUAGUUACUACAUCGGGCUAUGCGUUGCUACACUUUUUUAGUGAUGCUGCUUAUAAUCUAACAGGAUUUAGUAUUUUUUACUCAAUUAAUUCAUGUCCCAAUAAUUGCUCAGGGCAUGGGAAGUGCACAACUAGUAGCUCAAUUCCAAGCCAAGUUUAUUGUGAAUGUGACAAGUAUUGGAAGGGAGAAGCCUGUGAUAUUCCUUAUUGCAAAGCUAACUGUGGAAGUCCUGAUCAUGGCUACUGUGACUUGACAGGAGAAAAACUCUGUGUGUGUAAUGACAGCUGGCAAGGUCCUGAUUGUUCGUUGAAUGUUCCUUCCAUGGAAUCAUAUUGGAUUCUACCUAAUGUGAAACCAUUUAGUCCCUCUGUGAGCCGGGCUUCCCAUAAGGCAGUUCUACAUGGAAAGUUUAUGUGGGUGAUUGGUGGAUAUGCAUUUAAUUAUAGUACAUUCCAAAUGGUAUUAAACUAUAAUUUGGAAAGCAACAUCUGGAAUGUAGUACCUGUAUCAAAAGGACCUCUUCAGCGAUAUGGACACACCAUUGCUUUAUAUCAGGAUGACAUUUACAUGUAUGGAGGCAAAAUUGAAACAAGUACCGGGAAUGUCACUGAUGAAUUAUGGAUUUUCAACAUACCUAGUCAAACAUGGAGUACCAGAAUUCCAACUCUUCAUGGCCAGCAAUAUGCGGUUGAGGGUCACUCUGCACACAUAGUGGAGCUGGAUAGCAGGGAUGUUGUCAUGGUCGUGAUUUUUGGUUACUCUGUAAUAUAUGGUUACACAAGCAGUGUACAAGAGUAUUAUAUCAGGUCAAAUUCUUGGUUCAUACCAGAAACGAAAGGAGCAAUUGUACAAGGUGGAUAUGGCCAUACCAGUGUCUAUGAUGAUACAACAAAAUCCAUUUAUGUUCAUGGUGGAUACAAAGCAUUGCCUGGUAAUAAAUAUGGAUUGGUUGAUGAUCUUUACAGAUAUGAAGUUAACAUAAAGACAUGGACCAUUUUGAAAGAGAGCGGUUUUGCAAGAUACCUCCAUUCAGCUGUCCUGGUCAGUGGAGCUAUGCUAAUUUUUGGUGGAAACACUCAUAAUGAUACUUCUCUAAGCAAUGGUGCAAAGUGCUUUUCUGCUGAUUUCCUGGCCUAUGACAUUGCUUGUGACGAAUGGAAAGUUCUUCCAAAACCUAAUCUUCAUCGGGAUGUUAACAGAUUUGGUCACUCAGCAGUUGUCAGCAAUGGGUCCAUGUAUAUAUUCGGAGGCUUUUCAAGCAUUCUGUUGAAUGACAUCCUUGUGUACAAACCUCCCAACUGUGAAGCAUUCAGAGAUGAAGAACUUUGUAAAACUGCUGGGCCAGGUUUACGGUGCUUAUGGAACAAAAAUCACUGUGUGUCAUGGGAAUCUGGACAUGCUAAUAACAUACUUGGGGGAAAGUGUCCCAGAAAAAUAGCUGCAGCAGAUGACAGAUGUUACAGAUAUGCAGACUGUGCCAGCUGUACUGCCAAUACAAAUGGUUGUCAGUGGUGUGAUGACAAGAAGUGCAUUUCAGCAAACAGCAACUGCAGUGCGUCAGUGAAAAACUACACCAAAUGCCAUGUAAGAAAUGAACAGAUAUGCAAUAAGCUGACUAGCUGUAAAAGUUGUUCACUAAACCUCAACUGCCAGUGGGACCAGCGACAGCAAGAAUGCCAAGCUUUGCCAGCUCAUCUGUGUGGAGAAGGGUGGAAUCAUGUUGGAGAUGCCUGCCUCCGUAUAAACUCUAGUCGUGAAAACUAUGAUAAUGCCAGACUUUACUGCUAUGGCUUAAAUGGGAUUCUUGCUUCAUUAACAACUUCAAAAGAAGUAGAAUUUGUUUUGGAUGAAAUACAGAAGUAUACUCUCCAGAAAAUAUCACCUUGGGUGGGUCUACGCAAGAUCAAUAUCUCCUACUGGGGAUGGGAUGAUAUGUCUCCCUUUACGAACACCACAUUGCAGUGGCUUCCUGGAGAACCAAAUGACUCUGGAUUUUGUGCCUAUCUUGAAAGGGCUGAGGUUGCAGGUCUGAAAGCAAAUCCAUGUACUUCAAUGGCAGAUGGCCUUGUAUGUGAGAAACCUGUUGUUAGUCCAAAUCAAAAUGCCAGGCCCUGCAAAAAACCGUGUUCCUUAAGGACAACGUGUUCCAACUGCACAAGCAGUGGCAUGGAGUGCAUGUGGUGUAGCAGCACAAAACGCUGUGUUGACUCAAAUGCGUACAUAAUCUCAUUCCCAUAUGGACAGUGCCUAGAGUGGCAGACCACCACCUGCUCUCCUCAAAACUGCUCUGGGUUGAGGACUUGCGGACAGUGUCUGGAACACCCAGGAUGUGGAUGGUGCAAUGAUCCCAGUAACACAGGCAAAGGCCAUUGUGUGGAAGGAUCUUCAAGGGGGCCAGUGAAGUUCAAUGGAAUACAUUCUACUGAAAUGGCUCUAGACAACAAUCUUUGUCCCAAAGAGAAAAAUUAUGAAUGGUCUUUUAUCCAGUGCCCAGCUUGUCAGUGCAAUGGACAUAGCACUUGUGUCAAUGGCAAUGUUUGUGAUCAAUGCAAAAACCUAACUACAGGAAAGCAGUGUGAAACAUGUAUGCCAGGAUAUUAUGGAGAUCCAACUAAUGGAGGGCAGUGCACAGCUUGCACAUGCAGUGGUCAUGCAAAUAUUUGUCACAUGCAAACAGGAAAAUGCUUCUGCACAACUAAAGGGAUCAAAGGAGACCAGUGUCAACUUUGUGACUCUGAAAACAGGUACCUUGGUAAUCCUCUCAGGGGAACAUGUUACUAUAGCUUACUGAUUGACUACCAGUUUACCUUCAGCUUAUUACAAGAAGAUGAUCGCCAUCACACUGCCAUAAACUUCAUUGCAAAUCCUGAACAGUCAAAUAAAAAUUUGGACAUAUCUAUUAAUGCAUCAAACAACUUUAACCUGAAUAUCACUUGGUCUAUUGGCUCUACAGCUGGAACAAUAUCUGGAGAAGAGAUUCCUGUAGUUUCGAGAGCUAAUAUCAAGGAAUACAAAGACAGUUUUUCCUGUGAAAAGUUCAACUUCAGGAGCAACCCAAAUAUCACUUUCUAUGUAUAUGUCAGCAACUUUUCAUGGCCAAUCAAAAUACAGAUUGCAUUUUCGCAACACAACACCAUCAUGGACCUGGUACAGUUUUUUGUCACCUUCUUCAGUUGUUUCUUGUCGCUGCUAUUGGUGGCUGCCGUGGUCUGGAAAAUCAAGCAAACCUGCUGGGCUUCUCGACGGAGAGAGCAACUUAUGCGGGAGCGACAGCAGAUGGCCAGCCGUCCCUUUGCUUCCGUGGACGUAGCACUUGAAGUAGGAGCUGAGCAAACAGACUUUCUACGAGGGCCAUUAGAGGGUUCGCCGAAACCAAUUGCCAUUGAGCCUUGCUCAGGAAAUAAAGCAGCAGUACUUACUGUGUUUUUAUGCCUGCCAAGAGGAUCAUCUGGAGUCCCACCACCUGGUCAGUCAGGACUGGCAAUUGCAAGUGCCCUGAUAGACAUUUCACAACAGAAGCCCUCAGAGUGUAAAGACAAGAGUUUGGGAGUCCGAAAUCGAAAGCAUCACCUUUCAACACGUCAAGGAACUUGCGUCUGAGAUUAAGAGAAUGCAUUUGUAUAUUCUGUAAUGUUUUCGUUUUUCUUUUUUAAAGAGCUUCCAUUGUAAGCUAAAUUACAGCCUCAGUUUUUAUGGAGGCAAACUCUGGAUGGCGGUAAGGAUGAUGGUAAGACAUACCAGGCUCAGAUGGAUUAACACCUUCUUCCAGCUGUGCUCCCAAACCAGAGCAUCCUGAUGGACAAAUGUGAAUAUACUGGAUGAAGUUUAGGAAAAGAUUCCGACAUCAGUAAGGAUAUGAAAAAUAAUUCUUGUUAUCCAUAUCAGGAAAAGAAAACUGGGGAAAGAUUGUACAUUGUUUUAUAAUGUGGAAGGAAAUAUAUCACUGAAAAUUAAAGUAAUUCUAAAGGACUCAUUAUAUAGCUAGAAGUAAUGGGUUAUUCAGUUUCUCAGCUUGAUCAGCAUUAAGAUACGUACACUUAAAGAAAGCAGGAACUUGCUUUAUUAGGGAUAUAAAUAUUAUUAUCAUUGCCCAGUUAUGACAGCAGAAUUUAAACUAGGUGAUAGGCAGAUAAGG